AACACUGAAACAGUCGCACUGCGCUAUAAAAUAGUCAACAACAGUCAUUUGUCAGUCGUCGAGUGUAUCGAGCGGUAGCGUCAGCAAUAGCGCUUGUGUUUAUUGUGAAAUGUUUUCCUCCUUACUUUCUGAUAUCACAGAGUAUAUUUCCAAUAUGGCAGACCAUUUAAGAAAUUACAAACUGCAGCUUCAACAGGUGGAAGGAGCAUUACUAGGAGAUGCUGACAACGAAGAGUUGCUGAAAUUGAAGGCUGAUUUAGAAGAACUAAUAGAGCUGACAGAAGAAGAUAUAGAAACUCCAGCCGAUGACUCCGAAGUGACUAAUAUUCAUGGUUCUAGUAAUGAUCAUGAUGUUGCGUCCGUGGUGGCGGCUGAUGAUGGAAACGCACACACAUCUUCUUCCAAUUGCCAAGUGGAACAAAAUGGUAAAGGGCACAGUAAAGAAUACCUCAAGAAGAAGAAGCAGAAGAAACAUCAGAGAAUGAAACAACAUGAAGAAGACAGAGAAGCCGAGAAGAACAAGUGGUUGAACUUUCAUAGCAAAGCUAUAAAGAAACCGGGUAUCCGGACAAAGAGUAUAUUCGCGUCGCCGGAUAAUCUGACCGGGAGAGUAGGCGUCGGUACGUGUGGCAUAUCUGGGAAACCUAUGACCGAGAGCGCGGUCAGCGAAAAGUUGAAGAAAAGAGCGCAUUUCUUCCUAAAAGACCAACAACGGACUUGUAAGUCCUCUGGUGUUGCGGGUGUCCAUUCGCAGCGCUGACUGCUUACGUUUACUUGAUCAAGUGAUCCGUCUGCUCGUUUACCGACACAUUCUAUGUAUAAAAUAGGUUUAAUUUGU